AGCUGACAUAAGCAAGGGCGGGCGUUCAAAUAGAGUUGUGCACGUGGUGUUACUACUCAUGGAUAGCUUAGAGCCUCACCACACCAGACGAAGACGAUCACGACCACCGCCCGCAUCCCGAAACCUCGCUAGCCGACUCACCGCAACCAACAGGCCGACCAGCACAGCCAUACCUCUGCGUAUCUCUCCCUAGAAACUGUUGCCGUCGUUUAUCCUACUCAAGUCUCCACUCUAUAUGGUUUCCUAGCCCUUCCCGUUAUCAUCCCGCCUCCUACUCUCAUUCUGCCGCCUAACCACUCUACCAUCCCGCAUUUACCAACUUUGAUACCUAUCGCAGCGCCCGCAUCCGAAAGUCAAGGUUCCACGCCCAUAUCUAUAACCACUAUUCCACAGCCCCCCUGUCCUACAACCUCUUGUGAGCCACUUUUUUCAGAGCUUUCCUAGCCAGCUGCUUUUUUGACCGUCACCAUGUGGUCGUGGUUUGGCGGCGGAUCUGCCCAGCAGCGGAAGGAUGCGCCUAAAAAUGCCAUCCUUUCCCUGCGCCAACAACUCGAUAUGCUUCAGAAAAGAGAGUCAUUUUUGGAGAACCAAAUGGCAGAACAAGAUGCUCUAGCCCGGAAGCAUGUUGCUACAAAUAAAAAUGCUGCAAAGGCUGCCCUAAGACGGAAGAAAGUCCAUGAGAAAUCCCUCGAACAGACAAACGCGCAGAUAAUUCAGAUUGAACAACAAAUAUCCUCUAUCGAGGCGGCGAAUAUUAACCAAGAAACCCUCCUCGCAAUGAAGAAUGCUGGAAAGGCCAUGAAACAGAUCCACAGCGGGCUUACGAUCGAGAAAGUAGAUGAGACCAUGGAGGAACUACGAGAACAACACGCACUCAGCGAAGAGAUCGUAACCGCUAUAACAAGUACCCCUUUAGGCGAUCCACUAGACGAAUCCGAGCUGGAGGCAGAACUCGAGGGGAUGCAACAACAACAAAUAGACGAACAAAUGCUCAAAGGCGGGACUGUGCCAGUUGCAGAUCAACUGGGUACCUUACCUGCAGCCGCAAAUGGACCACUCAAGGGCAAAGAAAAAGCCACCCCAGAAGAGGACGACGAGGAAGCGGAGCUGGAGAAACUGCGAGCGGAGAUGGCGAUGUAACGUGCAACAGAAACGCUCCGUUUUUUUUUAUUUUUAAUUGUGCUAUCAUGAGAAAUGGGAAUGGGAGUAAAAGAUAAAUAAACUAUUUGCCUCUUGUUAUUCAACGGGCGCAUUCGGGGGCAGGGGGUGGGUGGAACAAGACCAUUACACUUCGUCCAGAAUCUCACAUCCUAUUGUAAGUCAGUCUGUCUGUCUUUUUCCCGCUUUUGAACCCUCUUGCCGAAUUUACCCACUUGCCUCGAUGUUUGGUAUAAUGCACUUACUUUUUGUAACUCGUGCCAUCAUCCUCAUCAUCAUCCAUCAAUCAGCGACACAAAUUCUAUCUAUAUCCACACCCCCCUUUUCUCCAAUUUACAUACAUCUAUCAUGGUCGAACCCAUACUAUGUAUGGUAUGGGGUCUUUUCUUUUCUUUUCUUUUCUUUUUUUUUUUUUUUUUUCUUUUUCCCUGCUUUUGUGCUACCUCUCGCGCCCUUGUAUUGCUGCCGAUUUUGCGGUUUUCCUGUUUCUAGCCUUACUUUACAUGUCAUUUUUCCUUUUUUUCCUUUCUUUCCUCUUUUUAUUGCUCAAAUCAUGGAUAUAAUGACGAGAUGGAUGGUUAACCAUUAUUCUCCCGGCGCCCUUUUCUUUUCUUGUUAUAUUUUCCUCCUUUCUCUCCUAGCUAAUAGCCUAGAUCUCAUCUAGCUACACAACGUAACUACGUCUUAAAAAAAUGUAAAAAAGAAUUAAAUAAAAACGCGCUGUAUUGUGGUAGCAAACGGGCCAUGCGUUUUGAAGUUCAAAAUAAAUAACAGGCGAGACAUGAUAGCAAAAAAGAUAAAAAGAAAAAAAGAAAAAGAGUAAACGAAACCAAGACGGAAGAAGAGGCAUGAACGAAAAUAAAUUAAUCAUGCUUCAGGUUGUCUUAGUCCGUCUAAUGCAUGUGGAAAAAGAAAAAAAAAAUACCAAUCCAAAACCAAACCAGCGCUUCUUUCUCCGUUGCAAUGAGCUCCGCUUCCCAACCCAGCCAGCCUUUGCCCUAGCGUUAAAAAUUACCUUAACCCAAAAAGAUAAAAGAAAAGAGAAUAAUAGAAAAAGAGAAAAAAGACAAAAGCCAACGAUAUAUGAGAUUCAUUCCCUUCGUUUCUCAUUCGUUCAUAAGAAGGAAAAAGAGAGGAAACAUGAAAGAUGAAACAGUAGAAAGAUAUAAUGGGGGUUAAUGAAGAUUGAGACAGAGGCGGAUGAAAAACCAGCAAAAGGGCCGGAGCAAAGUGCGUCAAGGCGAUGGUAGAUAGAUAGAAGGGAGAAGAAGGGAAAUAGGAGAAGGAGAACGAAACGUAACAGAUCAUUAGUUAUGUACAGGCCGUUUCCAAAAAUCCCUUGAUAAAAAAAAUAAAAAAAAAUAAAAAAAAGGGCAAAAAAGUACGGAUUGGGGAGGGGGAAAGAGUCACCGCAAGCGCGUGGAUCCACCAAUACCAAAAGGAAGAAAAAAGGGAAAUAAAAAAAUCAUUCCUCAUUCAAGCCUGCGAUUAUUCCCUUCAAAGCAUCAAUGAUGACGGAUUCAUCCUUUGGCUCUCCACCGGGGAACGAGCUUUCCGUCGCACCAUUGAGCACGCGGUCGCGAGCACUUCGUAAGACUUUAGAGAUGUAUUCUUUAUCUUCGUAGUCUUCCAUCAGUACUGCUUCGAAGUUAUCGAUGGCUUGGUUUGCUCGGUCGAGGAAUGACGGUUCAGGCUCUGGAGGCGAUGGAGGAGGCUGGGGUGUUUGAUUUGAUGCUGGUGGUGCUGGUGACGGUUGAUGCUGGUGUUGUUGACUGUGGAUAUGGGGAGGAUGUUGGGUUGAAGGGGAAGGUUGGGCCUGAGGGUGGUAUUGCGGUUGAGGGGGAUUCGCAUUAGGAAGUGAAGGGGAUUUGGGAGCAGAGUUAUUAGUGGGAGGAGGUAGGGUAUUUUGGGGGGGGAGGAGGGUGUGAUUGAGGAAUUUGUAUUGUUCGGGGGGAGGGGGUCGAUGCUGCUGCUGCUGUGGUGGCGGCGGCGGCGGUGGUGGUUGAUGUUGAGGCUGAUGUUGAGGUUGAGGAGGUUGAGGGUUAGUUUGAGGGUUGGGUUGAGGGUGGGGUUGAUGUUGCUGUUGGUUUUGAUGUGGCGGUUGUUGGGGAUGAUGGGACUGUUGAGGUGGUUGCUGUAGCUGCUGCGGCUGAGACGAAGGAGGGGGAGGCGGUCGAUGCUGCUGCUGUUGUUGCUGCUGUGUUUGCGGUAGUGGUAGCGGAGGCGGAGGGGGGCGUUGUUGCUGUUGUUGCUGCAGUUGCGCUUGUAAUAUUUCCGGUGGUGGUGCUGAGGCGUACGGUGAUCGGUAGGUCGAGGUAGUAGGAGCUGCAAACGAUGGUGGGAGAUUAUUACGCAAUACAUUGGGAAGCGAAAAUUGAGCAGCAGGAUUUGGCACGGCGUAGGGACUAUUAUGUGACGGUGGAGCACCUCCUCCCAGGGAGGAUUGAUUGUUCCCUACGGGAGGGUAUGGGAACGGAAGAGAGUUAUGGCGCUCGGGCAUGCUUGGGCGGGAGGCAUUGAACUGAGUACCUCGGGUUGGCGCCAGGUAGGUUUGAUUGUUCCCAAGGUUUUGUGUGGCACUCUGUGAGGGAGGAGGGGGUGAUGGUCUCCGCUUCUUUUCCUUAUCAACAGAUGCUCCUGGCGCGAGUCUCCACGACCACCCCUUUCCAUCCCUUUCUGCAUGCUCAAACAAAUGCGCAUUGCCAUUAAGAUUGUGACGAACACUAGACGUCCAACCCUCAGUUUCACAUCUAAAUCGGAAGUACGGAUACUUCAGCUUCAGGGCGCGGUAUAUUUGCUUCAAAGUCAUUGGGGUUUUAGAUUCGGUAAGUGCAUCGAAAAUCAGAACCGCAUAGUUAUAUGGAGGCUUCGCGAGGUCCUCGCUUGUGUAGAAGCUCUCUGGGGGAUAAUCAGGGGACGGAGAUCUUGAUGGUUUUCGCUUUUUCAGGGGUGCCGGCUUGGGGAGAUCCUCAACCCCUAUGAUAGCAUUUACAUCACCGCCUUCAAUUGACGGCAUAACAGUAUCAGUAGUUGAAUCGGGCUUCUUGCGUUUCGUGUAUUUUCGUUUCUCCGCCUUUGCAUUUGAAGGAUCUUCCUGCCCAGAAUCCUUCCCAGUUUUACCGGUCUUCCCACGGGCUGAUGAAGGAGGUGGCGUUACUCCGCCGUUCGCUUCACGCUUAGCAGCCAAUUUCUGCUCACGGGCUAUUUCAGCACGUUCUCGUUUGGACAUGAUUCCAUCUUUGGGUGGGCGACCAGGGCCGCGACGGCGAGCGGGUUGCGAGGAGGCUUCCGGGCUGACUUCCAGUGAAGGUUUUGACUUGGACCUAGAUUCAUUACCAGAUUUCUUUGGUCGCGAUCGAUUGUCCGCCCCACUUAGCUCUGAACCAUCUGUCUCCAUAAUACCGGCGACUGCAUCACUACUAGCUAUAGCAUCUUUUUCUACCCGUUUGAGAUCAACUACCUCUUCUUCAUCGGCCAUUAUGGGUUCAUCCUGCUCUGCCCCAGUUUCACCAACGGGAACGUCAGGGAGGACAAACUUCACUCGUACUCCACCGAUUUGAAUGAAGUCACCACUAUGGAGCGGCCUAACUUGGC